CGCAUCAACAUACGCUCGUGAACGCACCACCCGGACGUGCGUUAGCCACGUCCUGCGGAAGUAAACAAUCCCCAGCUGACGUGGAGCGCCACACUACGCCACUUGUCGGACGAACUGGAACCGAAUCUGCUGUUUUAGGGAAAGAUUGUCGCUUCUGUCGCUGACUUGUUGUGUUAUAUACCAAAUGGACUUUGGUGACGUCAUCUAAACGGCCACAGCAUCGAGCGGUUCUUGUAAAACAGCUUCUCCGUUGAAUAAAAUGGCCGCAGCCGACGAGUCCAGCAGGCCGUUCGCCGGGCUGUCAGACGUCUCCAUCUCCGGGGACAUCCCGGUGGAGGGGGACAUCUCUGUGCCCGUGGGCCCGUCCAGAAGAGACGAUGAGUUCUCCACGCUGGACGAGCCAGUCAAGGAGACCAUCCUGCGCGACCUGCGGGCCGUGGGGAACAAGUUCAUCCACGUCCUGUACCCGAAGCGGAGCUCGGCUCUGCUGCGGGACUGGGACCUGUGGGGCCCGCUGCUGCUGUGCGUGACGCUGGCUCUGCUGCUGCAGGGCGGCGCGGCGAAAGGCGACGACCAGAGCGGCCCGCAGUUCGCUGAGGUCUUCGUCAUCAUCUGGUUCGGCUCCAUCAUCAUCACCCUUAACUCCAAACUGCUGGGUGGGACCAUCUCCUUCUUCCAGAGCCUGUGUGUGCUGGGUUACUGCAUCAUGCCGCUGACGGUUGCCAUGGCAACGUGCCGGAUCGUCUUGCUGGUCCCGAACUCGCUGGUCAGCUUCGUCGUGCGGCUGGUGGUGGUGACCGCAUCCUUCGGCUGGUCCACCUUCGCCUCCACGGCCUUCCUGGCCGACAGCCAGCCGCCCAACCGCAAGGCGCUGGUGGUGUACCCGGUGUUCCUCUUCUACUUUGUGAUUGCGUGGAUGAUCCUGACGUUCACCCCGACGCAGUAGAGCAGAAACCAAAGGGUUUCACUGACAACACGAGGGACAGACUCCACCACAUGGAAUCAAACACCAGAAUCUGCCUUUGAGUGACUGCUGACUGAGUGUUCCCACGUUUCUAAAGCAGCCGUCAGUCUCGUUAGGAGCCCUGGACGUCUCCACCUGAGACUGUGCUGCAAAUGGAUUGUUAAAAAUAGCUGAAGGAUAGCUUCAUAUUUUUCCAGUUUGUCUCAGACAUGUUUCCCAGUUGUGUAUAAUAAAAUCUAUAGGACUGUGUAGAGAAACGUUGUUUGUCUGAACUACGAGGGCUCUGAUGGUUUUUCUUCUCUGAUACUCUGGGUGAAAUCUACGGAAACAGUAACGGUUACUCACACAUCCAGUCCACCUUUGCACAUUACACUUUUCAUGCAGCCUUAGAAUAUGUGGAGGGACUGAUUGUUGCCUGUUAGUUUCAGCUCUUAAAGUUCAGUUUCUAAGUUUUCUAGGGUGCAGCACAGACUUCAGUUUAACAUGAGUCAUCUGCAUCAAACAUUGCCUGGUUUCACACAGGUCACAGGUUUCCUCAACGUUCAACUCUUAUGCAUUCAUGUUAUUUGAGUUCUGCUCAGUGAGUCAUGGUCAUUACACUGAAAUGAAGAGGUCGUUUAUUAGUCUGCUUUAUGUUUGAGCUGAAAGCAGGAACUGUUUCCAGCAGAUGAAUGUUCACGUUAAGACGCUGUGGUUGAAAUUCAUUCUGGAGAAAGUAAGAGAUUAAGUUCAGUAAACUCAGGAAACUACUGACGAUCCCAAGUAAAGAAAACUCCCACUGAACUUCACCACCGAUGGAUAAAGAUUCUGACUGUGGUUCACAAUUGAGAGCAAUCAACUGACGUUUCCAUUUUACACUAACCUGCCUGAUGACCUUUGACCCUGUCUUUAAUUUUCUCAUGCCGUUUGUGUUCAUUCUAAUUUAUAUGUAUUCAUUUAGAUGAAUAAAUAAUUUCAUUUUGA